AUGGCCUCCAAUAUUUUUUCUCGGCUUAACUCGACUACGGGCCGAGCCCGGCGCUCGUUUUAUGAAAGCCUCCGAUCUGGCGAGGACGGUGGCCAGAACGAGGCCGAAACAGAAGGCCACGACGUCGAAGAGCGUGCGGAGCUGGCGCUUGAUGAAGAGAACUUGAACGAGCAGUUUCAGGACUACGACCUAGAACACGCCGACGGCCUCGGGGUCGAUGCUAGCCGGGCGACAAUCGAGAGUGCCGCAGUCGGAACGAUUGCUGGUGGCGCAGCUACAUCAGCGGCAGCGGCGGCGGCAGCUUAUUCGGAAGCGGGUUCAGGGAAAUGGUCUGCGGCGAAUAGAGGGCGGCGCGGCCAUGGAAACACCUCGCACUCUCGCUGGGGUGACGAUGACGCAGACGACGACGACGUUCCCGAUUCUCUACUCGUCGAACCACAAGGCCCCGGCGCCGAUCCCUUCCCGCCAAUGCUGAAAGCAACGCCUCUACGAUCGCAUCCGUCCGACCGCCGUUCUCGUGGGCCAGGCGGAACCAUCCCAGGGCCUGCCACGAAGAAGAUUCGCGCGCAGUGGGAAGCCACACAGAAACAUCAGCAACCAUAUGGAAACGACACAAACGGUGCUGGUGGCAGUUCAGGAGGAAUGUACGGCGAGCUGCCCGGUCCCUGCGUGGACUAUUCAAAAAUUCGUGGCAGCACACGGAUGGACCAGAUUUUGAUACCGCAUUGCACGAAGAAUAUGUCCUGGAUUUGGAAUUUUGGUCUGUGGCUGUUCGCCUUCUAUUUCAUUUGGAAAACGGUGCAGUUUUUCAUCUUUGAUGUCCGGCGGUUGUUGAACCUACGCGACUUCUUUGAGCACCUGCUUCAAAUCCCCGAGCACGACAUGCAGACUGUGUCAUGGCAAGACGUUGUGGUCAAAGUCAUGGCGCUGCGAGACCAAAACCCAAAGACAGCGACGAAUAUGACGCGAUUGCAGCGCGAAUGGAUCGGUAGCCAGUCCAAGGAGCGCCUCGACGCUCACGACAUCGCGAACCGGCUGAUGCGUCGAGAGAACUACCUAAUUGCCCUCUUCAACAAAGACAUCCUCGACCUGUCCGUUCCGCUCCCGUUUCUGCGAAACAAGCAAUUUUUGACACGAACGCUCGAGUGGACGUUGUGGUUUGGAGUUCUCGACUUCGUAUUCGACGAGCGCGGCCAGGUCAACCAAGAGUUCCUCAAGUCCAAUCGCCGCAGCCAGCUAAGCACCAUGCUAAAGUCCCGAUUUCUCUUUGCGGGCUUCAUGAACCUUCUUUUAGCACCAUUCGUCGCUUGCUACCUGGUUGUCGUUUACUUUCUGACCUACUAUAAUGAAUAUCAAAAGAACCCUUCGGCACUCGGCGCACGAGCGUAUACACCGCUGGCGGAAUGGAAAUUCCGCGAGUUCAACGAACUCGAACAUCUUUUCGAGGAAAGGCUAAAUAUGUCGUAUCCUUUUGCGACGCGGUAUCUGGACCAGUUCCCCAAGAAAAAAACAGAACAAGUGGCCAAGACUGUGGCCUUUAUUGCAGGAGCCGUUAUGACCGUUCUGGCCAUUGCCUCGCUGGUUGACCCGGAGUUGUUUCUGGGGUUCGAGAUCACGCACGAUCGCACUGUCCUCUUUUAUGUGGGUAUUUUUGCCACGGUAUGGGCAACUGCCCGUGGUAUGAUUACCGAAGACAAUAGCGUGUUCGACCCUGAAUAUGCCCUGCGCAACGUUAUCGAAUAUACACACUAUGAACCUGACCACUGGAAGGGGCGGCUGCACAGUUUCGAUGUGAAGGUCGAAUUUUCCGAAUUGUACCAGAUCAAGAUCAAGAUUUUCUUUGAGGAGAUCCUGAGUAUCUUCUUUACACCACUUAUUCUGUUCACCAGUCUUCCUCGAUCCAGCGACCAGAUCAUUGACUUUUUCCGCGAGUUUACAAUUCAUGUCGAUGGACUAGGCUACGUCUGCUCGUUUGCUGUGUUUGAUUUUAACAAGGGCAUAGGGGCUACAAGCAACCCCAAACGCCAGGAGCAGCAAUCGCUGCAGCCGGACCCUCUGGGUACAGGAGGCGGUGAUGUCCGAGAUGAUUACUACUCCACCAAACACGGCAAGAUGGCAGCUUCGUACUACGGGUUCUUGGACAACUACGUGAUCAAUCCGAAAACGGGUAUCCCAGGUCAUCACCCUCCUGGAGGAGGGCGCCAUUAUCACACUCAAUUUUACCCACCCCCCGCUUUCCCUGGUCUGAACUCGCCAACACUUGCAGCCGAUAUGCAAAAUUCCCGUAUCCGACACAGGGGCUCUGGAACCACGGGAGCCGGUGGUGCCGUGCCUAGCGCUACGCAUGCGUCGCUCAUACGCACGCCUCGCUUUGGCCCCUCAUCUAUGGCCCAGCCAUCCCCGAUGGCAUCCAUAUUGUUGGAUCCGCACCACCAGCCAUCGACGAUUCCGUAUGCAAAUCGCAGCACGCAUCGGCCGAGAAUACCUGGCGGUGGUGUUGGCCGUUACAGUGCAGGUGGAACCGGCGAGAGCUACAUUGUGGAGGAGCCGGCAAUGGAAAACAGCCGCGUAGCGCCAGGCAGCGUGACUGGUGGCGGUGGUGGCGCGGGCCACCGGGACGGCGCAUUCCGCGACAAUGAGCCAUUCCAGCCACCUCCGCAAGCACAGGCCAGCAGCGGAGAACUUCAAAGCGGACCCGGAAUGUUGGAUGAGUCGACUUGGCAAACAUCGCCACCUACCGGACUCUCGCGAGAGAACAGCGGGGUAGACGAUGACGCCGACGUGGGCGUUUUGGGCCUCAUGUAUCAGUUCCAACAGGCGCAUCAGAACCAUCGGAUCCGAUAA